CUCAUCGAUAAUCCGAGCUUAGCUCUAGUCCCUCCACUGAAGUUUCCAGAUCUGUAUAUGUCUGGCAUUGCGUUAUAAUAUUAUAAAGUGACGAUAGAGGAGCGCAGAAUAUUCAAAACAAUACAGGCUUACGGCUCCAUUGCAGUACCAUCGAGGUUUUGUUCUCAUAGCUUCGAGAGCCGCUGUUACAAAGGAUUAGAGGGAGAGAGAGGAAUCGGAUACAUGAGAGAAACAAACGAAAGAAAAUACACGAGAAGAGAAAGAUGGAAAACAGUAACGGAACAGGAAGAGGGAAAAACUGUGACAGAGGUGGCGGAUGGGUAGGAUGUUGCACACGCAAGUAUGAACGAGAAUUGCUCGACUGCCAGAGGACAAUAACUGGGAAUUCAAAAUAACGUCGUUUCGACGCCAUGAUUAUCAACAAUUAAUUUGUCAGCUUCUCAUGGAGAUCGAGUCAGGGGUCAAGUGCAGAAUAACGAGGAGAGAGAUCGAAGUAGAGAACGUGAUCGUAACAGGACAGCGGAACGACAAAAUCGCAUAAAUUCUACAAGCCGUGAUCGUAGUAGAGAACGAAACAAUCGUGGCCGAAAAGCUUCAGAUCGACAAACCUACGUAUCAAACAUUCCUUAUGAUUUUCGUUGACAAGAUCUUAAGGAUUUAUUCAGAACAGAAGUUGGAAAAGUUGCUCAUAUUGAACUUUCUACCGAUGAAAAUGACAAAGCAAGAGGUUGUGGUAUUGUGGAAUUUGAAGAUUUAGACUCGGUAAAAAUUGCUCGGUAGAAAAAAUGCAUCCGUAUGAUAAUAAAGAGGGCUUUGAUGCUGAAUGCGAAAAAUAUUACCGGUUAGCACCAGCUCGUAACAAUGAAAGAGUUCUUGAUGAUAGAUUUAUGAAUCCGCCAGUUCCACAAGGUGACGGCGGCGGUGGUGGUUGUGGAGAUAUCAAUCUUGGGAACACGUAUGGUCUAGAUAUUAGGUUUUUAAAUUAUUUAGGUAUUAAAGAACCUUUAGUUACUAGAGUAUUUGUGGCAAAUCUUCACUGCAUAGUGGAUGAAAAGAAAUUAUUAGAAGUGUUUAAAUUAGCUGGUAAAGUACUACAUGUUGAAUUAGCAAGAGAUAAAGAUGGAAAAUCUCGAGGAUUUGCAAUAAUAGAAUAUGACUAUCCAGUAGAAUCUGUACAAGCUAUAUCGAUGCUUCAUAAUCAGCGACUUUAUGAUAAACGUAUGAUUGUGAGACUUGACAGAGCAAUUGAACAAAAUACGCUACGAAAAUUACCAGAAGGGUUAAAGGGAAUUGGAGUGGGUCUUGGAGUUGGUGGUAAUAGAUUAUUAAACGUAGCUAGAAACAUUUCUAAUAUAGAAGAAAAUAAUUCAUUUGUUUUGAAUCUUAUUUCUCCUCAUGUGUCGGAUGCUAGUGUUCUUGCUGGUAUGAACAAUAUUUUGCCAGCACAGUUAGGAGAUGGAGGUUCGUCUAAUUUACAAGCCUCUUUAGCUAUUGACAACAAUGCAUUUGCGCUGCAAGGCUCAUCUAGAAUGGACAAUGAUGUAGGCUUUGGUGGAAACAAUGAUUCUGAUUGUUUUAACUUCGCUGCUGGCAGAGAUCUUGGCGAUAGAUUCAACAGAGGAGACUACGAUCGUGUACCUGGUGGAGGUGGUGGUUUUGCCGGAAAUCAAGGUUAAGAAGGAGCUCCCAUCAAACACAACAUGGCAAAUGUUGAAAGACAAAUUUCGAGACGUUGGAGAGGUGAAAUUUGCUGAAAUAUGGGGAAGUGACGCGGGCGUGGUACGAUUCACAUCUGAAUGGGAUGC